UCCGGACGGGACUCACACGCUGCUGCUGUCUCUCCUCCAAACUUUGCCUCUUUCCACAUUUUUCACAACUUGUCACAUCUCUGCAAAAGUCCGAGACAUCAGACUUGGCUGCAUGGCUACAUGAAAGUUUCAUGGACUUGGAUCUUGGAAAACUUUUAGCGACGCUUUAUUGGAGCUCGUCGCCUCUAUAGUUACUGUGGAUUACUGACAUACCGCAGGACCUUUGGCAGCUAUUUAUUGGGGGUUAUCACCGUGUCUUCUGCAGAGGUCUGAGCCGAGAUGGCAAGCAAAGCCCUGCACGCUCCGAUCCCCCUGCACCCAGCCCUGCAGCUUACAAACUAUUCCUUCCUGCAGGCCGUCAACACUUUCCCCGCUGACCAGCUGCAGGGACUGUACGGCCUCAGCGCGGUGCAAACCAUGCACAUGAACCACUGGACUCUUGGCUACCCACACAUGCAAGGACUGAGGUCGACGAUCACGGCAGCCGCCCAGGGUCUGGUGGACCCUCGGAUUCCCUUCCCAGCAUUGCCCUUCACGGCCGCGGCGCAGCUAUUCCAUCCGAAACAAGCCACCAUUGCGCACGGCGUCCCCUCGCUGCAAAAGGACAGGCCGAGGUUUGACUUCGCGAACCUGGCCCUCGCUGCCACACAGGAGGACCCGCCGAAAGCUGCGGAUCUGGCAAAGUUGGCAUCGGGACUAGGGGGAACCAUCUCCGAGCUGAGCAAGCUGUCCCCGGACAGAAAACCCACCAGGGGCAGGCUCCCAUCCAAGACUAAAAAGGAAUUUAUUUGUAAGUUCUGCGGCAGGCAUUUUACCAAGUCCUACAACCUCUUAAUCCACGAGAGGACCCACACAGAUGAGCGGCCCUAUACUUGUGAUAUUUGUCACAAGGCAUUCAGAAGACAAGACCAUCUCAGAGACCACAGAUACAUCCACUCCAAGGAAAAACCAUUCAAAUGUCAAGAAUGUGGGAAGGGAUUCUGUCAGUCUCGAACUCUAGCCGUCCAUAAAACCUUACACAUGCAGGAGUCUCCACACAAAUGCCCCACAUGCGGAAGAACCUUUAAUCAAAGAAGUAACCUGAAAACUCACCUUCUCACCCAUACAGACAUCAAGCCCUACAGCUGUGGCCGCUGCGGAAAGGUGUUUCGGCGCAACUGUGACUUGCGACGGCACAGUUUGACGCACAGCCCACAUCAGGACUACUAGCCUGGAGAAAAAAAAACUAACAAUGGACAAAACGCAGAAAGACAAAUCAGCGACUCUUUUUUUUUGGUUCAAGGACAAUCUCCAAAUGAGGACAUGUUUACUUCAGCACAUUUUAGACUGGGAUUUGAUUGCACCUCAAGUGGAACAGCAGCGGAGCCACGGCCGCGUCCAACUUUCACACCACCUGUAAAUAUCAAGUGUACAUAAUGUUGUUGUUGUUGUUGUUUUUUUAAUGUUCUUUUCUGACCUUGAAAUAGUAAAGUUGUCAAAAAACAGUUAUAAGUUUAAAGUAUGUUAAAUUGUAUUUUAGAAAUAAAUAUU